GCCGCCGAGGGGCUGCGUUACCGUAGCGGUGCCCUCAGAACUGUGAGGGGGCACGAGCAGCCUCCACCCUGAGGGACUGAUACCUCCAGAGGGCUUUGGCUCUUCUCUUUGCUGUGUUUGUCUUUUUGUUUUUGGUUUUGGUUUUUUUUUUUCUUCCCUUAAAGAAUAAAACGUUCGGUGGUGUUGUGACAUGGUAAAAAUACUCUGGUUUUUCUAGAAGUUUAAGGCCUAAACUUGCCAGAAGACUUGAGUAUAUUGGCGUCUGUGAGUCAUGUACAGGAAAGUGCUGGAGGUUCAUUUUUAUUGAGCUGAUUGUAGUUAUAAGUGAAUUUAUAUGCCUUAUUUAGCUGAAAAACUUGGGGGGAAACCAGCAUGUUUGGGUUUGAGGAAGAUACUGCUUUUAUGUCUUUGCAUGAAAGUUUCAAACAGCAUGGAGGUAGAAACAUUCAUUUUAACCCCUACAAUACUGAUCCAGCUGGGGUAUUUCCCUUACUCAGCAAAAGCAUACAGUGGAUUGUGUCUCGACUCUCAAGAAUCCUGUCAAGGGAAAGAGAGUCUUACCCCUCUUCAUCACCAAUAUGGUUUGUAGAAUCAGAUGACCCAAACCUGACUUCAGUCUUAGAGCGUUUAGAAGAUAUUAAGAAGAGCAAUACUCUGCUUCUUCAACAGCUGAAGCGAUUAAUAUGUGACCUCUGCAGAUUAUAUAAUCUUCCUCAGCAUCCAGAUGUUGAAAUGUUAGAUCAGCCAUUGCCAGCUGGACAGAAUGGAACAACAGAAGAAGUUACAUCAGAGGAGGAGGAAGAAGAAGAUAUGGGUGAAAUCUCAGCUGUGAGGUACUUGGAUACAGAGAAUUGGACAUCUGUUUGUGCUUUAGUCAAACAAUUCAUAACAUUGUGUGCCAAAGCAGACAUUGAGGAUCUGGAUCACUAUGAUAUGAAGGAGGAGGAACCAGUUGAUGGGAAGAAGUCUGAGGAUGAAGGCAUUGAAAAAGAGAACCUUGCAAUCCUAGAAAAAAUCAGAAAAAAUCAAAGGCAAGAUCACUUAAAUGGUGCAGUCUCUGGGUCAGUUCAGGCUUCAGAUCGACUUAUGAAAGAACUCAGGGAUAUAUAUAGAUCACAGAGUUAUAAAACAGGGAUAUAUUCAGUGGAACUGGUAAAUGACAGCUUGUAUGAAUGGCAUGUUAAGCUUCUCAAGGUGGACCCUGAUAGCCCACUGCAUAGUGAUCUUCAGUUCUUAAAAGAAAAAGAAGGUGUAGAAUACAUUUUACUCAACUUCUCUUUUAAGGAUAACUUCCCUUUCGAUCCUCCCUUUGUGCGAGUGGUGUCUCCUGUGCUCACAGGAGGGUAUGUCCUAGGUGGAGGUGCAUUAUGCAUGGAACUUCUUACUAAACAGGGCUGGAGCAGUGCCUACUCAAUAGAAUCAGUCAUCAUGCAGAUCAAUGCCACUUUAGUCAAAGGAAAAGCCAGAGUACAGUUUGGAGCCAAUAAGAAUCAAUAUAAUCUAGCAAGAGCACAGCAGUCCUAUAAGUCACUAGUACAAAUCCAUGAGAAAAAUGGCUGGUACACUCCUCCAAAAGAAGAUGGCUAACGCUGAGGACUAUUGUCUACCUGGACCAAUGUCAAUAAAACAAGCUCUUUUUUAUGUUUUCCAACACACAGACUCAAGCUAUGAGUGCCCCUAUAACAGCUGUACUGAGGACUUUAGCUAUUAGAUAAGUUAGUGGAUAAUCUGUCAACUGACACAUACAGUAUAAGUUACAGCCUUACCAUUCCGCUCUCCGUAGGUAUCUGGACUGAGCAGUUUGGGCCUUUACCACAUUUGUUCUUAUGGAUUAAGCAUAUUUGGGCCAUGCCCUCCCUUCUCCUUGUUUUUUUAUUUGAAAGCAUAAGCUCUCCCUACAGCAGGCUACCGACUUACUAAAGAUCAUUCAGUAGGAGUGAGUUGUUCACACACUUUUGUGUAUUUCUUACCUUUUGCAAAAUGCAGACUGCAGAGACUUGCGUUGUAUUGUUUCAUUUAAAGCCAAGAAGUUUAAUACAUUGUUUAAUACUGUUUUAGGAAAUGUCAGGUCUUGCAAAUCACAGUAGUUUUUUCUGGUCUAAAAUGACAGCGUUUGUAGUAUUUCCAAAUUAAUGAUAUAGGAAAAACACAUGUAUGUUAAGUCAUUAAACAUUUUUCAUGGCUGUAUGAGAAUAUGAACUGUUUAUUGGAAAAGAUGCUCUUUGUUUAGAUUAUGUUAAUUUUUUGUUUAGGUUUGGGGGUUUUUCCCUUUUUUUUUUUUUUUUUUUGUUUUUAUGCAGAGCAAGGCUGUGCCAAUAAAACCUUGUAACUAGUCACUUCCACUGGGGCAUCAGAACUUGCUGGGCUGUUCCUGCUACUUGUUGGCUCAACCUCCUUAACAAGAAGAGCCGCAGUACGAAGCUUGAAGUUAUUUAAAAUACUAAAAACCUUUCUAGGUGUUCCAUUUUAUUAA